GGCAACGGCGCGGUCGACGUUGGCUGAGCUCUCACAGGCGCGUCGAUUUGGGGUUUUCGUGCGUGUGAGAGGUAGGUGCCGCGGCCUGCCGUUCCGGACCUGCCCUUCGCCUUGUACGCUUCUCUUCCCGACCCCGGGCUGUGUCGUCCUCAGCUCGGGCAUCUCGGUGCGCUCUCGUGUUGCGGCGGUCUGUGGCUGGUUUGCCUGCGAAGCCCUGCCUGCCUGCUGAGUGAGUGGACAACGGUGCCGGCAAGAUGAAGCUCUCCCUUGUGGCUGCGGUGCUGCUGCUGAUGCUCGGCGCGGCGCGGCCGGAGGAGGAGGACAAGAAGGAGGACGUGGGCACGGUGGUCGGUAUCGACCUGGGCACCACGUACUCCUGCGUCGGGGUGUUCAAGAACGGCCGCGUGGAGAUCAUCGCCAAUGAUCAGGGCAACCGCAUCACGCCGUCUUAUGUGGCCUUCACUCCUGAAGGGGAGCGUCUGAUCGGCGAUGCAGCCAAGAACCAGCUCACCUCCAAUCCUGAGAACACGGUCUUCGACGCCAAGCGGCUCAUCGGCCGUACAUGGAACGACCCGUCUGUGCAGCAGGACAUCAAGUUCUUGCCUUUCAAGGUGGUUGAAAAGAAAACUAAACCGUACAUUCAAGUUGAUGUUGGAGGUGGGCAAACAAAGACAUUUGCUCCUGAAGAAAUUUCUGCCAUGGUUCUCACUAAAAUGAAGGAAACUGCCGAGGCUUAUUUGGGAAAGAAGGUUACUCAUGCAGUUGUUACUGUACCAGCCUAUUUCAAUGAUGCCCAACGCCAGGCAACCAAAGAUGCUGGAACUAUUGCUGGGUUGAAUGUUAUGAGGAUCAUCAAUGAGCCUACAGCAGCUGCUAUUGCUUAUGGCCUGGAUAAGAGGGAAGGGGAGAAGAACAUCCUGGUGUUUGACUUGGGUGGUGGAACCUUUGAUGUUUCUCUUCUCACUAUUGAUAAUGGUGUCUUUGAAGUCGUGGCCACUAAUGGAGAUACUCAUUUGGGUGGAGAAGACUUUGACCAGCGUGUCAUGGAACACUUCAUCAAGCUCUACAAAAAGAAAACUGGCAAAGACGUUCGGAAAGACAACAGAGCUGUGCAGAAACUCCGGCGUGAGGUUGAAAAGGCCAAACGGGCCCUGUCUUCUCAACAUCAAGCAAGAAUUGAAAUUGAGUCCUUCUAUGAAGGAGAAGACUUUUCUGAGACCCUGACUCGGGCCAAAUUUGAAGAGCUAAACAUGGACCUGUUCCGUUCUACCAUGAAGCCUGUCCAGAAAGUGCUGGAAGAUUCUGAUUUAAAGAAGUCUGAUAUUGAUGAAAUUGUUCUUGUUGGUGGCUCUACUAGAAUCCCAAAGAUUCAACAACUGGUUAAAGAGUUUUUCAAUGGCAAGGAGCCAUCCCGUGGCAUAAACCCAGAUGAGGCUGUAGCGUAUGGUGCUGCUGUCCAGGCUGGUGUACUCUCUGGUGAUCAAGAUACAGGUGAUCUGGUAUUGCUUGAUGUAUGUCCCCUUACACUUGGUAUUGAAACCGUGGGAGGUGUCAUGACCAAACUGAUUCCAAGGAACACUGUGGUGCCCACCAAGAAGUCUCAAAUCUUUUCUACAGCCUCUGAUAAUCAGCCAACUGUUACCAUCAAGGUCUAUGAAGGUGAACGACCUCUGACGAAAGACAAUCACCUUCUGGGAACUUUUGAUCUGACUGGAAUUCCUCCUGCUCCCCGUGGGGUUCCACAGAUUGAAGUCACCUUUGAGAUAGAUGUGAAUGGCAUUCUUCGAGUGACAGCUGAAGACAAAGGUACAGGCAACAAAAAUAAAAUCACAAUUACCAAUGACCAAAAUCGCCUGACACCUGAAGAAAUUGAAAGGAUGGUCAAUGAUGCUGAGAAGUUUGCCGAGGAAGACAAAAAGCUCAAGGAGCGCAUUGACACCAGAAAUGAGUUGGAAAGCUAUGCCUACUCUCUAAAGAAUCAGAUUGGAGAUAAAGAAAAGCUGGGAGGUAAACUUUCCUCUGAAGAUAAGGAGACCAUGGAAAAAGCUGUAGAAGAAAAGAUUGAGUGGCUGGAAAGUCACCAAGAUGCUGACAUUGAAGAUUUCAAAGCUAAAAAGAAGGAGCUAGAAGAAAUUGUUCAGCCAAUUAUCAGCAAACUCUAUGGAAGUGCAGGCCCUCCCCCAACUGGUGAUGAGGAACCAGCAGACAAAGAUGAGUUGUAGACACUGCUCUGCUAGUGCUGUAUUAUUGUAAAUAACUGGACUCAGGAACUUUCGUUAGGAGAAAAUUGAGAGAACUUAAGUCUCGAAUGUAAUUGGAAUCUUCACCUUGGAGUGGAGUUGAAAAUGCUAUUAUAGCCCAAGUGGCUGUUUACUGCUUUUCAUUAGCAGUUGCUCACAUGUCUCGGGGUGGGGGGCGAGGAAGAAUUGGCUAUCACCAAAAGUGGGUAAAAAAGCUGGGUUAAGGAUGUGUGUUCACCUUGAAAAUGUUCUAUUUAACAAUUGGGUCAUGUGCAUCUGGUGUAGGAACUUUUUUCUACCAUAAGUGACACCAAUAAAUGUUUGUUAUUUA